ACUAAUUUGUCUAUUUUGGAUGUUCCUUAUUUGUCUGUUAUUCUAAUAGCUGUAACAAGGCUGUAAAACCAGCGCUUACAUGGCGAUGCAUUUCCUUUUGUUCGGCUAGCCUAUGUGUAGAAAUGCAAAAGGCAAUAUUUCUGGAAUGUUUCUCGUCUUGAAGUAAACUGCGACGGAAUUGAUUUCUCGACGUCAGCCACCUAACUUGUUCGUUUUUUACACAUAGUGUGGCUUUAUACAUUUUUAUUUAUGUAUAUUUUUCGACGGCAGUGAACCCGCUAGUGUUUACAGGGUUGUGUGAAUUUAUGGAAGCAUGUCAAAGAAACGGGGCAGGAAGCGUAGUAGUGGAGAGCUGAGUGAAAGCUCAGCAUCAACCCUGAGCCCGGACCCUGACAACCUUCUGGGCCGUAGGAUUCAGCAUACCUGGAGGGAGAAGGGUAACGUGACCAAGUGGAAGGGCACUGUCCUGGAGCGUUUAACUGUCAACAGUUCCCUCUACAUGGUCAAAUAUGACGGCUUUGAUUGUGUCUAUGGCAUCGAGCUAUUCAAAGAUAGUCGGGUGUCCAACCUGCAGGUUUUGGCAGAGAAAGUUGUAAACAAUAAGAUCAAGGUGCCUCCCGGAGCUGAGGAGCUGGUGGGUCGAGCUGUGGAGCAUUUAUUUGAGAAAGAGGAUGGGGAGAAAAACGAGUGGCGAGGCAUGGUGCUGUCCCGAGCCCCCAUUAUGACCCACUGGUAUUACAUUACCUAUGAGAAGGACCCCGUGUUGUAUAUGUACCAGCUGUGGGACGACUAUAAAGAUGGGGACCUACGUGUCCUGCCUGAAUCAGAGAACAAACAUCUGCUGCCAGCAGACAGGAAGCCAGGCGAGGAGCCAGAGAGUCUUGUGGGUAAACAGGUAGAGUACGUCACAGAUAACGGCCUGAAGAGGACGGGCUUGGUCAUCUACCAGGUCCCUGCAAAGCCCACCGUAUACUACAUAAAAUACGAUGACGAUGUCCACAUUCACGUCUACGAUCUGGUGAAGACAACUUAGUAUUGACUGUCCAGUUUCAACUUCAGCUGAUGGCCUAUAUUUGGUCUGACCAGUCGUUACCUGUUAAGUGUUGUUAAUUUUCCUCCAGUGGGAGGUAACAUUCCCACCACCAUGAGCCCUGGGUUUUAUUCUAAUCAUUUUGGUUUGUUUUAUCUUCUUGCCUCCAAUGACCUCCGUCACUCUGGCAUUACAAGACAUCUCCGUUUUUGAUUCUCAAUUUUAAGUUGAACUUAAUAAGUGACUAUAAAAUCCCAUUCAGUGUAAAUAAAGCAGGUCUGAGACUAGCUGUAUAGCCCAGCAGAUGAAAUGGAGCUAGACAUUUGCUUUGGUUAAAUCACACAUUUAUAGUGCACCUUUCAAAUUCCAAAUUCACACAUAUCAAAUUAAAGUCGUUUUCGCACAUGUACAACAGAUUUUCAGUAGAAAGUCCGGACAGUUUGGGCCGGUUUUUUUCUGCAGUUGCUGUUCGCAAAUGUUUCACAGCAGGAGGCUUUCUGCUGGAGAUGCGCUCUCCCGGAUGGAAAUCAGGAGGAGGAGGUGUGGGGAAACAGUUGUCUGGAGCACACAGGAGGAAGCAUGUGAUGCAGAAAUUGUGCUGUGGAAAUCGCUGUUUUCUAGUAGAUGAGGUUCAUUGUGUUGAUUUGAGUACUGCAUGUAUCUCAAAUCCACAGUAUUACAGAGCGAAUGGAGAGCAGCAUACAGAUCAGCAGACCAAACAAAUUCUUGCCAGUGAACACACGUUCAUGCACACAGUAGCUGCAAAUGGUCCACAGUAACAUUUAACAUUAUGUUUAUGCAUUGUCACCCACUGAUGGUCAAGAGAUUUGACCACAGGUCUGUGUGGAUAAUUAGGACUACAGUGCAUGGGUAAAAACGGCAUAAGAGCUUUUUUUUUUUCUUUUGUUGCUUCUAUGUGGUUUUCUCUUAAUUUCGUUUGUCUAUUUAUUUCAUCUGGAGUAUAUAGCUGUGCUGCUGAAAAGAAAACAAAUUAUCUGCUGUGCUUUAUGUCUGUCUCUGAGGAGGCCACAGUUUGUUGACUAUAGAAAUAACAUUGAUUAGUGUGCUGAUUGUCCCAUCACAGUGAACUCCGUUUCAGUUAAAGUGUAAAGGCAUUCAUGAGACAGUGUCUCACAUUGUGGAUAGAAAACAGAGAAAAACCUUAAAAAUCAUGUUAUAGCUCUAUUCUGUUCCAUCAUGUAAGCUGUAAGUUUUCUACAUUAUGAUAAUGUAUCAGAAAUAUCGGUGUUCACGUCAGGUUCUUUCAAACAGUGUUUGUGCUACACACUAUUUAUGUGGUUGAAAUUGGCUACCAACAUUGUUUAGUAUUUUCAACUGACUUCUUUAUUAUUUGCCAAAAAAAAAGAAUGAAAUAUUGUUCAUUGUAACCCUAAAUAUGUUUUGUUAUGUAAAUAUGACACAUUUUUAUGAACAUAAAACAAAGCUGCUUGAA